AGAUCGUACACCGCCGGAGCUGCCUGUAGAUUGCCCGCCAGGGCGAGAGCAGCUUGGACCGGCGGUGCUCUGCUGCAUUAUUAGCGAAAAAGCUGUCUACAGCAGUGCUGUUGCAGCCGACUCUUUGCCGCCACCGUCUCAUUCUCACCUAUGUUGAUAGCUGGAAAUAUUUGCUGAUAAACCUAUGUCUCUUGUAACAACUCUUUACGCUGUUUCAGCCGCAGCCACUGCGUUCGUCUUUGGAGUGAUAAUACACGCCUGUGCUAAACCCGAUCCACAUAAACCCAAAAACCACCAACCUCCUGGCCCGUUACCGAUUCCUCAGAAUGCAGUGUCAGGUCACCCGCAGUACACUUCUAACGCAGGGCUUAGUGGCUACUUACAUGUCGAGCCUCCUGCAAACGCGGCUGUGGUGUCUAUUCCUACGUCGCUCAGCUGGCAACACCAAAACAGCGCUGAGAAAAAAAACCCCCUUACUCCAUACUCGCUACAGAGCAACCUUCUGAUGCCCACAUGCAGCAUUAUUGCUCCACCGCCAAGAAUCUACACACCGGAAUAGAGAAGAGGUACUGUGAAUAGCUGUUCUCCAACCUAGGCAAUGGUGCUGUUC